AUGGACAAAGUGGUCAUCAGUCUCCUGCUCCUGGGAACCGCAGUCAUGAUGGUCCAUGCAUGUCCCAAAUACUGUUCUUGCCAGAACCUCUCAGAGUCUCUCGGGACCCUGUGUCCCUCCAAAGGUUUGCUGUUCGUCCCACCGGACAUCGACCGGCGAACUGUGGAGCUCCGGCUGGGCGGCAACUUCAUCCUCAAGGUCACCACUCAGGACUUUGCCAACAUGACUGGUCUGGUGGAUCUAACCCUAUCCCGCAACACCAUCAGCACCAUCCAGCCUUUCUCUUUCAUUGACUUGGAAACCCUCAGAUCUCUGCACAUGGACACUAACCGGUUGACCGAGCUGGGGCCGGACGACAUGCGAGGGCUGAUCAACCUGCAGCACCUGAUACUCAACAACAAUCAGCUGAAUCAGAUCGCCGAUUCAGCUUUCGAUGAUGUGUUUCUGACACUGGAGGAUCUGGAUUUGUCGUAUAAUAACUUGCGCAGCGUGCCUUGGGAAUCCGUCCGCAAGAUGGUCAACCUCCAUCAGAUGAGUCUGGAUCAUAAUCUCAUCAAUUUCAUACCUGAGGGGACUUUUACAGAUCUAGAAAAACUGGCCCGUUUGGACCUCACCUCCAACCGUCUGCAGAAGCUCCCCCCGGACCCCAUCUUUGCACGCUCUCAGAGCAGCAUUGUGAUGAGCACUCCAUACACACCUAUGCUCUCUCUAAGCUUCGGUGGAAAUCCACUGCACUGCAACUGUGAAGUGCUUUGGCUUCGAAGGCUGGAACGUGAUGAUGACAUGGAAACCUGUGCUUCUCCUGCCAAUCUCAAAGGACGCUAUUUUUGGUCCGUCCGUGAGGAUGAGUUUGUCUGUGAGCCCCCUCUGAUCACACAACAUACGCACAAGUUGCUCGUCCUGGAAGGCCAAACGGCAAGUUUACGCUGCAAAGCUGUUGGGGAUCCUAUGCCAACCGUGCAUUGGGUCGCCCCCGAUGACCGCUUGAUCAGCAACUCCUCCCGUGCGACGGUAUAUGAAAAUGGCACCCUGGACAUUACAGUCACCACAUCCAAGGAUUACGGUGUCUUUACUUGCAUUGCUGCUAAUGCUGCUGGGGAAUCGACAGCCUCCAUUGAGCUAUCAAUCAUUCAACUCCCUCAUCUGAGUAAUGGUACAAAUCGUACCACACAAUCCAAGUCUGGGCUUUCGGACAUAACUAGCUCCACCAAGAUAGGUAAAGGGGAACCUAAAGCUCCUCCAGAGAAGGUGGUGACUGUUUCAGAAGUGACUGCUGUCUCGGCUCUGGUCAAGUGGACUGUGAGCAAAUCCACUCCGAAGGUCAAAAUGUUUCAGCUUCAGUACAAUUGCUCUGACGAUGAAGUCCUCAUUUACAGGAUGAUUCCCAUGACGAACAGAGCCUUUGUAGUCACAAAUCUUGUCCCGGGGGUCCAGUAUGACCUGUGUGUCUUGGCCAUCUGGGAUGACACUGCUACAACCCUCACCGCCACCAACAUUGUCGGCUGUGUCCAGUUCAUCACUACGGAGGACUACCCGCAGUGCCAGUCUCUUCACAGUGGAUUCCUGGGAGGCACCAUGAUCCUGGUCAUCGGUGGAAUCAUCGUGGCCACGCUGCUGGUAUUCAUCAUCAUUCUCAUGGUGCGCUACAAGGUGACCAGUGGUGUCAACACUAACAAAUUACCCACUGUGAACAACACGUACUCGCAGACCAACGGGGGAUUGAACAGGUUCAACGGGGCUCCGCCGCAGGUCAAGUCUACAGUGGUUGUCAUGCGUGAGGAAAUGGUGGAGUUCAAGUGUGGAUCUCUCCAGAGCAGCCUCUCCUCAUCCUCCUCCUCCUCUAACUCAUUAGAGAGCCAACCAGGGAGAGGGGCUGGUGACCGCUACAGCAUGCAGGGCAGUGAAUGCAGCACCCUGCCCAGCAAGUUUAGGAGGCACGGGCAUGGCGCCAAAGCACGGCCAAACCUGGACCACCUUUUAGGGGCCUUUACCUCACUGGAGCUGCGAGGGGCAGCAAGGGACCAGCAAGGGACUUCUGGCCCUUCCACCGCUCCCAAUACUAUGAUGACGGUGGCUAUUGCUCCCCUGUCUGAUAAAGAACCUCUGCUAGGAAGGGCAGAGUCCACCAACAUGCUGGGACGUCUGCUAGGGCUACCCCAGGAGGGUAAGCCCAAGAGGAGCCACUCGUUUGACAUGGGCCAUGUGGGGUCCACGCAAUGUCGCGGCAACUACCCCCGCAGGAUCAGUAACAUCUGGACUAAACGCAGUCUGUCUGUGAACGGCAUGUUGCUGCAGUAUGAUGACAGCGAGGAUGAGAAGCCCACAUUUGAGAGCACCGAGUGGGUGAUGGAGAGCACAGUUUGA